AUUGGAUAUUGGAUUAUUGGCGCUGUAAUUGUAUUGUCCGCUACUAAAUAUGAUAGGUGGACUUUUUAUUUAUAAUCACAAAGGGGAGGUUUUAAUAUCACGAAUCUUCCGUGACGAUGUCUCUAGAAAUGCGGCCGAUGCUUUUCGGGUUAAUGUUAUACAUGCACGGCAGCAGGUGCGGUCGCCAAUUAGUAUCGUAGCACGAACGAGCUUUUUUCAUGUGAAAAGAGCAAACAUAUGGAUGUGUGCUGUCGCUCGGCGAAACGUGAAUGCAGCUAUGGUUUUCCAACUGCUUCAUGGACUCCUUAACUUGAUGAAAGACUAUUUUGGGAGAGUCACGGAAGAAAACAUCAAAAACAACUUCGUCCUUAUAUACGAAAUUCUUGAUGAGGUUAUUGACUAUGGUUAUGCUCAAAAUACGGACACUGGAAUUUUGAAGUCACUUAUCACUCAGGCUGGUACACGCACCGCUAGCAAAGAAGAGACUGCUCAAAUAACGAACCAAGUUACUGGACAAAUUGGAUGGCGUCGAGAAGGGAUAAAGUACAGAAGAAAUGAACUUUUCCUGGAUAUUAUGGAGUCAGUGAAUUUACUUAUGUCUCCACAAGGGCAAGUGUUAUCGGCACAUGUGGCGGGUCGAGUAAUCAUGAAGUCUUAUUUGAGUGGUAUGCCGGAAUGCAAAUUUGGUUUCAAUGACAAAGUCAGUCUGGAAAACAAGCAACGAUCUACAGCUGGUACAGAGGACAGUAGCGGAGGUAUCGCUAUAGACGAUUGUCAAUUCCAUCAGUGUGUUAAAUUGGGUCGCUUUGAAACAGAACAUACUAUUUCCUUUAUUCCACCGGAUGGUGAAUUCGAGUUAAUGCGCUACAGAACUACUAAGGAGAUUAGUUUACCAUUUCGUGUGAUACCUCUUGUACGAGAGCUUGGCAAAACAAAAAUGGAUGUAAAAGUCAUUUUGAAGGCAAAUUUCCGUCCUAGUCUAUUUGCACAAAAAAUUGAAGUACGUAUCCCAACUCCAACAAAUACCAGUGGUGUACAAGUUGUUUGUAUGAAGGGUAGAGCUAAAUACAAAGCUGCUGAGAAUGCUAUUGUUUGGAAGAUAAGACGCAUUUCUGGUAUGAAGGAUUGUCAGCUGUCUGCUGAAAUCGAAUUAUUACAAGCAUCUGAUAAACAAAAACGUUGGAUGCGUCCACCAAUUUCUAUGAACUUUGAGGUACCGUUUGCACCGUCUGGAUUCAAAGUUCGCUUCCUUAAAGUAUUCGAGUCCAAAUUGAAUUAUUCCGAUCAUGAUGUUGUUAAAUGGGUUCGAUAUAUUGGUAAAAGUGGUUUAUACGAGACAAGAUGCUAGUCAAUUUUGGAGUUGGUUGAAUCAAUAGUCGAGCGGACAAAAAGAAAUCUUACCAAAUCAUCAUUGUUUAUCCCCGUUUAUAUAUUACUAUUACUAUCAUCACUACUGUUUAUGCAUAUAUUAAUUCAUUCAAUGAAGUUCAAAACUCUAAUCAAGUCAAAACAAAUGUUGGCAUAAUACUGAAUUAUACAAUAAUCGACACUGCGCUCUCUACUGUUUUUCAACUGUUAUUCUGCAUCCUGGCUUUUUGAGGUGUGUCGGUCUGACUGUUCUAUCUUUGAUUUUAUAAAUGAGGCGUAAUGCACGUGAGUGUGUCUAUUGGUAAUAUCAGCUUUAUAGGCACACACGCAGACACAAACUCUUACAAGGGGAAAAUAAACAAGGCGGUGUGUGUGUGGGUCGAUGAGGACAUGGUGACUGAUUCUGUAUCACUUGUGCAUUUCUUUGUUUGAUCCCUUCUUUUAUUGUAUUUUUCUCUGUCUUCUUUUUCUCCUUUUUGUACUUUGAUUACAGUUUGUCAAUGUUGUAGAGUUGAAUCGAAACGGACUAAUAGGCUUGUUUCGCGUAAUCAUUCCAUUGUCCUUGAUUCCAUUCCACUACUACCACUUCUUCUUCUUCGUUGUCUUUAUUGUCAUCGUCUUCUUCUCUUGUUUAUUUCACCUUUUAUCAUUGUUGAUUCAAUGCAGAACACACAUACGCACACGCAUUCACACACACAACUUCUCUUCCCAUUAAUCCAACCCAAUUAAUCAUAUAACUUCAUCUAUGCCACAAUGCAUAUGUAGCCGGACAAUCGACUUUUCUAUGCUAUUUAACCUUUAUUCUGUGAUUUCACAAAUAUUUGCGUGGUUUCUACCAAAUAUUUAAUCGUAAUUAGCCUUUUAAAUAAUUAUAAAAAUGCUAAUGCUAAUCAUAAUAAUAUUAACAGAAGUGUAUUAC